UGACGGCAAGGAACGGAGAGGAGCCGGGAACGAGAAGAUGGCAUCAUCGGUCUAACAGGUGCGUUUUAACAGCAGGACUUCGUCGAGCCCUCGCCGCCCUCUGGCCCGGGGCUGGACUACCUCGAUAUACCGGCCCCGACUGACAUGUGCUUUACUCAAGGCUCCACUACCUCCCUGUCGACGAUAGAGACACCAGCGCAGCCGUCGUCCUAUUUAAGCCUGAUCCCACCGGUCCCUCAGCCGCCCGUCACGCCGUACUCCCCUGACGGCGGCCACUUUUAUACCCCCGCUCCCCCCGUCUUCUCCGGUCUCGACGUCAGGCCUCGACUGGGCUCCAAUAGCACGGCUGGCAGCCAGGGCAUGGCCCACGCCCAUCGGUCCACGACACUGCCGCACCCGGGACCGCAGCACCUGAGCGUACGAGACCUCUACUCAUCGGCGACGCCCGCCUUCCGGAGGCCGGACCACCACAUCCCGCGGUCUCCUCCGUUCUCCAGCAUCCGCCGCCACAACCCCCUCUCACCCACCAGCAACCCAGCCGGGACCGGGUACGGAUCACUCAAGAUGGACACAGGCUACCCCGGGUCCAACAAGACCCAGCAGAGCAUCCCGCCCCUCCUCGCCAUGACCUCGCUCGGGCGGCUCUCGUACGGCGACGCGUCGGCCACGCCCAUCAAGGUGGAGAUCAGCGGCGUGAUCGACAAGGGGUUCUUCAUCGCCGAGAGCGAAUGGACCUGCUACCGCCGCAACUACUUCUCGUGCGUCUGCUCCUUCUCGCUCGCGCCCAUGCUGCACAACACGCCCAUCCACUUCCUCCCGACCGGGUCGACACAGGCGUACAACGUGUACGGGUUCGCCAUGUGCAUCUCGGCCGUCGUGUCGGACAACGACAACCACACCAUCGACCUGGUGCAGCACACGCCCAAGCGCGACAAGGGGCCGAUCGCCAAGCCCGAGAAGGUGCGCCUCUCGCCCAAACCGCCACAUGCCAGCCACCACCCGCUGAGCAACCUCUACGCGGGGCCGGACGGCAACAGCCUCGGCUCGUCGAGGUACGAGCAGCAGCAGCAGCAGCAGCAGGGCUUUGGGCAGCCCACCACCCAGCAGGGCUCCGCCCCGACCGAGCACACCUUCGAGCGCAUCCAGUUCAAGCAGGCCACGGCCAACAACGGGAAGCGGAGGGCGGCCCAGCAGUACUACCACCUGAUCGUCGAGCUGUGGGCCGAGGUCGGCCAGCAGGCCGCGGGCGGCUCGGACCCGUGGGUCAAGGUUGCGUACCGGAAGUCGGCCAAGAUGAUUGUGCGCGGCCGCUCCCCUGGACAUUACCAGUCCGAGAGGAGAGGGAGCUCGAGCAGCGGGCCCGGCGGCUCCGGCGGCGGAAGCAUCGGCGGCGGCGGCGGCGGUUACUCGUCCGGGGUGCUAGGGCCGAACGAUUACGCGGGGAGUUCAUCCAUGCUCGGAGGAGGAGGAGGAGCUGGUGGUAGCUACGGGCAGCACUACGACGUACGUCACAGCGGCUAUGGCAGCGGCGGCGGCAGCACCCGGCACCACCACGAGCUGGCGUUGGAGCCCAUGAUCUCGGCCGAGGAAGUCAAGGCCAUCACCGACCCCAAGGCCUACCAGUACUACCCGACAACCAUCUACGAGGGCGAGCAGCAAGACACACGGCACCAUCAUCAUCACCAUCACCACCAACACAACCAACACCAACACCAGCAGCAGCAGCAGCAGCAGCAACAGCAACAGCAACAACAACAAGUCGAGCUGUUUUCCCACCACGGACGCCACGACGUGUCGGAGAGCGGCGGCACGACCAACUCGAUGAGCACGGCCUUCGACCCGACCAAGGGGGUCAAGUCUGAGAUGGAGAACAACGGGCUCCCGAGCCUGUUCUACCACUCCGGGCCGUACUACUCGCAGCGGUGCGGGAGGUUUGAGGGGAAGACGACCUCGACGGGGCAGUACCCGACCCUCCUGCAACCGCCCUCCACGACGACGAUGAGCAUGACGUGACGAGGGGGGCACACGAUCUUUGAAACCGACCGAACGAGAAGAAAAUAAAAAAAAGAAAAAAAAAGCGAACACCCAAAGGAUGGCGCUGCCCCAGUUCCUGUUCGCUACUACUACAUCUAUACCACAGCAUGUUUUCCCCAUUAUCAUUAUUGACGAUGUCUUACAAGUUGCGAUGCAUUUCAUGGCUGGGCCUGGGUAGUAUCGAUGUGGAGAAGGCGAGAGAGAGAGAGAAGAGAAAAGGUGAUGCAGAAACAUGGAAGAGUCUUUUGCCUUUGGG